AAGAAACUCAUAUCUGGACAACGAUUUGAAGGCAAAACCAAAGUCGUGAGAAUGGAUGUGACGAGUGAUGAAGAAGUGAAAGCAGUUUACGAACAAAUUCAGAAGGAUUUGACUCAAAAUGGGGAGCAGUUGUGGGCAGUGGUCAACAACGCCGGUAUCUUAACUCUUGGACCUCUAGAUUGGGGAACAGUAGACACUUAUAAACUUAUUUUCGAAGUCAACACAUUUGGUAUGGUUAGAGUCUCCAGAACUUUCCUACCAUUGAUUAGACAAUCAAAAGGUCGUAUUGUGAAUUUGGUGUCAAUGGCCGGGCGUUUGACGCCCGAGAAUCUGGGCAUCUAUUCAAUGAGCAAACACGCGGCCAUCUCUUUUUCGGAUGGACUCCGACGUGAGACCCGGAAGUGGGGAAUCAAAGUAUCGACGAUAGAGCCGACCGCCUAUAAGACUCCGAUGGCUGGACCCGAUUACUUCACUCGGGAACUGGAAAAACAGUGGAACGAGAGUUCGGAUGAUGUGAAGCAACUGUACGGACAGGCAUACUAUGAACACUUCAAGCAAAGGAAGGACAGGCUGACUGUGGCCAAGACGGGCAAAAAUAUCUAUGAAGUGAUCGACAAAAUAAUUGAUGCCAUCAGAAGUCCUAACCCACAAAUCAGAUACGUGGCCGUACCGGGAAAGGCAUACAACAAAAUUGCUAUAUUUUUAGCACAACUCAUGCCAUUAGAAAUUUAUGACUCUAUCUUCGCUCAUAAGAGUACCCGAGAACCCAAACCCUCAGGUCUUCAGCGACUUAGUCUAGACUUCUGGGUCACUGCGAAAAUGUCUUUAACUAAAAUAUUUUCUUUGAAAUGUUUUAUAACGCAAUAUAUUUUGGCGUUUUUGGGGUUAUAUUUGGCGGUUAACGUGAGCUGUUGUUUCGGAGGUCUGGUCUCAUGGGUGGGCCGUAUGUUUGUGGUGUCGGCACUGGCCUGGGGUCUCACCAAAAAGAUCCGCAAACGCCUUAAUAAAGAGUUCCUCACUUCNUUUGUGGUGUCGGCACUGGCCUGGGGUCUCACCAAAAAGAUCCGCAAACGCCUUAAUAAAGAGUUCCUCACUUCGUAUAAGAGAGCCGUUUUAGUAACAGGCUGUGACAGUGGUUUCGGUAAUGCCUUAGCCCUGAAACUCAAUGAACACGGAUUCCGAGUCUACGCCACUGUAUUGGACACAGAGAGUGAAGGCGCGAAGAAACUUAUAUCUGGACAACGAUUUGAAGGCAAAACCAAAGUCGUGAGAAUGGAUGUGACGAGUGAUGAAGAAGUGAAAGCAGUUUACGAACAAAUUCAGAAGGAUUUGACUCAAAAUGGGGAACAAUUGUGGGCAGUGGUCAACAACGCCGGUAUUAUAACACUGGGACCUCUAGAUUGGGGAACAGUAGACACAUAUAAACGUAUUUUCGAAGUCAACACAUUUGGUAUGGUUAGAGUCUCCAGAACUUUCCUACCAUUGAUUAGACAAUCAAAAGGUUAG